GAGGUUUCUUCCUGUCAGCGACACAUGUAGAACAAGCAGCUAACGGGAUCCAGAGAGCAGACCGGAGGACAGUCAGUAUCCCCUCUGCCAGCCUCGUUAUUUCUUUUCCGUUUCUUUUGCCAGAACCCUUCUCGCUCAGAGGAAAUUACGGCAUGCGUAGACUCGUAUUCACUUCUUGCAAUGGACUCCUUUUGUUCCAGCGAAAAAAAUAGCACUAAAGCAGCAACAGUAAAACGGGAACCGUCCAGUGGAAAUACUAUCUGAUAACUCCAUUUGCUCGGUCCUCCGCUUGUUGCCAGUCAAUAUCUCAAGCUCAAGUCGUCACUGAGGUUCGCUGUCGCGCGGAGCUGGAGGCCGACCGCGCGCGAUAGUGUGUCCGCAUUUUACCUGCACUUUUUGGGACUGUUGUAGCCUACGUGUUUACCUACCAACGCGUCAAGUCAUUAACUUUACAGCCAUUACCCUUAAAAGAGACAAACGAGGGACAAUGGUGAAUCCAGGAGGCAGCAGCCAGCCACCAGCGGUGGGCACGGGUUCUCUGUCCUGGAAGCGGUGUGCAGGCUGCGGGGGCAAAAUUGCAGACCGCUUCCUCCUUUACACCAUGGACAGCUAUUGGCACAGCCGAUGCCUCAAGUGCUCCUGCUGCCAGGCCCAGCUGGGUGAAAUCGGCACAUCAUGCUACACAAAAAGCGGCAUGAUCCUCUGCAGAAACGAUUACAUCAGAUUAUUUGGAAACAGUGGAGCUUGCAGCGCUUGUGGUCAGUCCAUUCCAGCCAGUGAACUGGUGAUGAGGGCACAGGGCAACGUGUACCAUCUCAAGUGUUUCACAUGUUCCACCUGCCGGAACCGACUCGUCCCCGGGGAUCGGUUCCACUACAUCAACGGCAGCCUGUUCUGCGAACACGACAGACCCACAGCACUCAUCAACGGCCAUUUGAGUUCACUGCAGACGAACCCACUACUGUCCGAUCAGAAGGUGUGUUAGGCAGGAGCCACGCAGGAAGCAGGAUGUGUGCCUUCAUUUUAGCCCUUACUCAUUGUCACCUGAGACCGCGUGGAUCAGCAGCCCCCCACCCCCACCCCCAGCCUUUUAGCUGUGCUCCCAGGCCCUCUACCCGAAAGGAAUCCUCGACCCAUCUUACCAGUAACUUGACAUUUUUUCCUGCAACUCAUGCCCAACUCUCAGCCUUCAACCUUGGCUUUCCCCCAAAUAUGGGUGGAUUCUUGCACUUAACGCACCUGAAUCGGGACGCUGAGGACUUCGUGACCUUGGAAUUAAAAAAAAAAAAAAGGAGACGGAUGAGAAUCCAAGGGGACUCCCAGGAUAGAGAAAAUUAAAUAACAUUCAAGAGGAUGUACUGACUGAAGUGAGGGAAAGAGAAAAAGACUAAUGAGGUUAAAGAGAUGCAGACUUUUCAAAUCUGCAUAUUUGUUUAAAGACAUUUGGGGGGAAAACUGGGACCUUUUCAUUUUUCCUCUUUCUUUUCUGUCCUCAAUUCCCAACAACAUGGUGUUUCCACUUUUCCACUUUAUAUAUUUUAAGUGUUGUCAAAGGGGAAUAUGUUGCUUUUGCUUCUUUUGUUUUUUUUUCUUCAGUGAUAUAUACACACACGCACACAUAUAUAUGUAUAUAUAUGUGUGUAUGUAUGUGUGUGUGUGUGUGUGUGUGUGUAUAUAUAUAUAUAUAUAUAUAUAUGUGAAGGGGAUUUCAAAACUGUGGAUUUUUGUGGAAAACAAAUCAUGAACACUUUCUUGGUGUAUUUGUAAAUCUACCAUGUAUGUACAGUAUGCAUGUAAAUGUCGUUGUCCAGGUGUGGCUACAGUACAUCUGACCCUCAGCUCCAGUCCUCCCUCCUCCCCUCCAACCCUGAAACCAUGGAAAACAGAAGAAAUUUGCUCAUAGUCAGUAAUGUAGAGACCAUCACCAACAUAUAAAUGCUGAAUGAAAGAGAAAUUUAUUUGUGAUAUUUUCCGAGACAUUUGCUCCAGUAUGGUGUAUUUAAUUAAUAAAAAUAUUGAAGAUUUAAAA